AUGACCAACCAAGCAGUGGCUGUAUCACACCUUACCUAUGGCUUUGGCGGACCACAGAGCGUCCUGAAGGACCUUUCCUUGGAGUUGCCGCGGGGUUCGCGAUGUCUGCUCGUUGGCGCUAACGGUGCGGGCAAGAGUACGCUGCUGAGGAUUUUGGCCGGGAAACGACUAGUCAACACCGAGGGAGUGCACGUCUUGGGCAAGAACCCCUUCAAGCAAGGGUCGCAGGACAUCACAUACCUAGGGACCGAGUGGGCACAGAACCCUAUUGUUCGUCGGGAUGUUCCUGUGUCACGCCUACUGAAGACUUUGGGCGCUGAACGGAAUCAGGAGCGCUGCUCACACCUCCUCGAAAUCAUGGACGUUGAUCCCAACUGGCACAUGCAUGAGAUCUCCGACGGACAACGCCGCCGCGUCCAGAUCGUUCUUGGGUUGAUGGACCCAUGGGAUCUCCUCCUCCUCGACGAAGUGACGGUUGAUCUGGACGUCCUCGUCCGCGCCGACCUCCUACGCUUCCUCCGCUCCGAAACCGAAACGCGUGGUGCAACCAUCCUCUACGCGACGCACAUCUUCGACGGGCUUGGCGGCUGGUCAACGCACGUCGCGCACAUUGCUGACGGCGCCGUCGAUGUUAUCCGGGAUCUCACUACGGCGGGAGGAUUUCCAGAGUACGAUGAGCAAAAGGAGUUGAGGGCGAAUGGGACUGGCGACGCAGGGUUGUUGGACAACUCGCCGUUACUGCUUGUGGUGGAAAAGUGGUUGAAGAAAGAUCAGGAGCGGUGGAAGAAGGAAGGCAAGAAGUGUCCAGAGGGGAAAGUGAUGACAAAGUGGGAGAUUCUGAGCGAGAAUAUGAGGCAGUAUGGUGAGUUUGCCCAAGAUCAUGCUGCGGCAUCUCAGUUGCACAUUUUCUUGAACGUUCCCUGA